AUGACAUUCGUUACUGAAGAUCUUAGCAUCCAACCAGGCGGUCUGCCGACACCCAAGUGUGGGUAUGAUACAGCCCAGAAGCCCUGCGCUACGUUCUUACCCACACCGGUCUCAGAGAAGAGUAGCCGCGGUGUGCUUUCCUUACUAGACCUUGACAAGGUCUCAUGGGUGUCACCAGCAUCGACAGUAUCGACUACGUCGUCUCCGGCAGGGUUCAACGACAUGUGGGAUUUACCCGAGACGCCCACCAAGCGGACGACCAGCGCUUCUACACGAAGUAUCCUGACGCCUUUCACACCUGCAACACCCCCUGAUUCUUCUAAGAAGCAGCUUUUCACCCCAAUCUCCAAGCCUAUUUUCGGCGUUGGAGUGCCUCCAGCGAUUCCCAAGCCCUUUUUCCAGGAAAAGGAGACAGCGGCACAGGAUGACCCUUUCCAACCGAAGUUGUUCCGAGGCGUCACGUUGGUGCUUGAAAAGAUCUCCAAGGCAAACGUCGCAGCUGCUACCGUCAAAUUCAACAGCAACCCCACGUUCGUGUUCACGCAGAAUAAGACAGCCUCCACACAAAUCGCUUCAGCUAUACAUACCGCUGUUCACAAAGCGACAAGCAGCGUUGAAUCGCCCCGAGGCCAUAUAAAUCCACCUGUGAAGAGCAAAUUCGCCAAGCUACUGGAACAACUCAUACCACACGAUCUCCAUUCGAGGCUCGCCAGCGCUCCAGGCUGCUGCGCCGCAUCUCUCGUAAAGAGCCCCUCUCAACGACGCAGUUACAUGGCAAAGCCUCAGGGAUCGCGUCGUGAUGUUGUUGGCGCUGUGAAGGAUCUAGCGAAGUUUAAUAGACAAGAAGACUACCGGCGUAUGCUCCACCGUGUCAAGACGAUCGUGCAGUCAGUCAUGUGCAAGACGCAUCAAGGCACGGCGUUGAACGAGAUUGAGGGUGGAUCCAGGAUAUCGCAACUGCGCAACAAGCUUGAAGGCAGGGUACACAUGACGAAACAAGAUCAAUCGACUUUUACGCGAUGGGUCAACACGAUCAGUCACCUUGAAGCAUCUACAAAUCAUGCUGCGCGACCCGCGACCACUGUCAUAACAUUUAAGCCAGCUACACAAGUCAAGCGGGCAACAAAGCCCAAGUUCAGAGUGUCAACCACUGAGGCAACUGUCCGCUUCUCUUUCUCGUGCUCAUCGGGCUUCACACCUUAUCAACCAAAGAAAGUCCGGGAGCUCUCCGUGUUCUCUGCACUUUACGAAAGAGCCGCUUUUCCAUUGGGUGCCAAAGACCUGACUCCGGGUCAUGUUUACCUCUUCUGGGACAAGGCGUAUUUCGGCAUCGUCAAGAUCGGGUACACCAACGAUCUGGCUACGCGGCUCAAAGACUGGAACACAAAGUGCAAGCGCAAGCACGACUAUCACUCCCGUAUGGAGAGUCAGGUGGUGAUGCCGCAUGUUCAUCGCGUCGAGCAGCUUAUACACACUGAGCUGAAGGAGUGUAGACUGCGAAGACAGUGUGAAGGCUGCGGUAGGCUGCAUGAAGAAUGGUUUGAAGCCAGUCAAGCGCAUGUAGUCAAGGUUAUGAAAAAGUGGCGGGAGUGGAUUCUGCAAGAGCCUUAUGUGCGGGACGAAGAGUCGGGGGAGUGGGUCCUCAAGCCUGAGAUGUUUGCUUCGCUCGAGCAGAUGUGUGAGCCUCUAACCCAGGAUGCGGCUACCCACACGCCGGGGAGGAAGAGUGCAGGCAUGCAACGCGGCUCACAGAAGAGGAAGAGCCCUCGGCGAACAAUGUAA